AUGGCACCCUCAGCGAUAGAAGACAUCAAGCUCAUCACCGAGCACAUCCCAGGUGACAUGUCAGAGACUCCCAGCCCAGAUGGACCACUCUUUGCAGUUCAGUCAUCGAGGCCUUCCUCUAUCUCAACGGCAACGUGGCUGAAACUCAACAGCAGUGCUCCAACUCACAUAAAAGUUGAGGAAGUCGCAGCCAUUUCUCACGAAGAGCCCUUCACUGGAGCCAAGAAGCUCCGCUAUCUCUUGGAAAACACUGACGAGCUCGUCGUAUGCCCGGGUGUCUAUGAUGGACUAUCCGCGCGGACAGCGAUCGAGCUUGGGUUCAAGUCCUUGUAUAUGACUGGUGCUGGCACAACCGCAUCUCGCCUUGGCCAGCCUGACCUUGCUAUUGCCCAACUCGCCGACAUGAGAGACAACGCGGACAUGAUUGCCAACCUCGACCCCUUUGGCCCUCCCCUGAUUGCUGACAUGGACACCGGAUAUGGCGGUCCAAUCAUGGUCGCCCGCACAGUCGAGCACUAUAUCCGGUCGGGCGUCGCCGGCGCGCACUUGGAGGACCAGAUACUGACCAAGCGCUGCGGCCACCUGUCGGGAAAGAAAGUCGUGCCUCGCGAAGAAUACAUGACACGGAUCCGCGCCGCGGUGGCAGCCAAGCGCCGCCUCAAGUCCGACUUUGUGCUCAUCGCGCGCACCGACGCGCUGCAGUCGCUGGGCUACGAGGAGUGCAUCGGCCGGCUGAAGGAGGCGCGCGCGGCGGGUGCCGACGUCGGGCUCCUCGAGGGCUUCAAGUCCAAGGAGCAGGCGGCGGCGUGCGUGCGCGAGCUCGCGCCCUGGCCGCUGCUGCUCAACUCGGUCGAGAACGGGCACAGCCCGCUCAUCACGGUCGAGGAGGCCCGCGAGAUGGGGUUCCGCAUCAUGAUCUUCUCGUUUGCCACGCUCGCGCCCGCCUACGCCGCCAUCAGGGACACGCUGCUCCGGCUCAGGGACCAUGGGGUCGUCGGCACGCCCGAUGGGAUCACGCCCGUCAAGCUCUUUGAGGUCUGUGGCCUUGGUGAUGCCAUGCAGGUUGAUAUCGGGGCGGGAGGUGGUGCUUUCGCGGAGGGAGUAUAG